AUGGAUGACCAACAGUUCGCCUUAGCCGUUGAAGAGUACCUGAUGAUCCAUAAAAUACGCGAGCUUCUGAGAGACGCCGUCCUCAACUUGUGUCUUAUUCGCCCAGAUAACCCUCUGAUGUUUUUGCGUGAUUACUUUGAAAAAUUGAACCUUAAUUGUUCCCGCGAGAAUGUUCAGAGCAACACAGCUGAUGUUGCUUCAACCAACGAUUCAGCAGUUCACGCCAAUUCCGUCUGCGAAUGUGUGGCUCCCACCACUUCCCCUUCUGUCCCGAAUUCUUCACGUCCCCCUGAGAAUAUCCCAGCACAGUCUAUGAAUCUGCUUCGAGAUGGACCCCCUGAUUCCCGAGACCUACUAUCGGUCACUCCAACUUCAUCCAAUAUCGACCCCAUUAUUGCACCGGUAAAUGAUUCACUAGACGAAGGGGUUUCCCUCGAUCAUGGCGCAUUGCCACGCAUUGAUAACUGUAGUGCCACCAGUACAACCGAGGAUACUAGGCAACCAUGUUCAUCUCAUGGGACUGGCAGUGCCUCCUGCCCUUUUGCCACUGUUAAUGCACCGAUCCAAAGGCGUUCGCGGCGGGGUGCGGUCAGCGGAGAGGUUUACACCGAGGAAGAUGCCGCGUCAUACGUAAAAAAGGUUGUGCCAAAGGACUACAAAACAAUGACGGCUUUGUCCAAAGCGAUCGCGAAAAACGUGCUCUUCCAACAUUUGGAUGAAAGCGAGCGCAGUGACAUUUUCGACGCCAUGUUUCCCGUGCACUGCAGUCCCGGCGACAUCAUUAUACAGCAAGGUGGCGAGGGGGACAAUUUCUACAUAAUCGAUCAGGGGGAAGUCGAUAUCUACAUCAACAACGAACACAGCAGCACCAUUGGAGAAGGUGGCAGCUUCGGGGAGCUCGCUCUGAUUUACGGGACUCCGAGAGCCGCGACAGUGAAAGCCAAGACGGAAGUAAAACUUUGGGGAAUUGAUCGAGACUCGUAUCGGCGUAUUUUGAUGGGAAGCACAAUCCGGCGCAGGAAGAUGUACCAAGAGUUUCUGUGCCGAGUGCCUAUACUUGAUAACCUCGAUCAGUGGGAACGAUUGACGGUUGCCGAUGCUCUGGAACCGGUGCGCUUUGAAGAUGGUGAAGUGGUUGUCAAGCAAGGGGAGCCUGGCGAAGACUUUUUUAUUAUCACAGAGGGAACAGCCAAAGUGCUGCAACAGCCAACAGAGUCAAUGGAGCCCGUCGAGGUUGGAAAGUUACGACCUUCCGAUUAUUUUGGCGAAAUAUCCCUGCUUCUAGAUCGUCCACGUGCUGCAACAGUGGUGGCUCAAGGCCCUCUUCGAUGUGUGAAAUUGGAUCGCAAGCGCUUUGAACGUGUCAUGGGUCCUUGCUCAGAUAUACUGAAACGCAACAUUGCCAAAUACAACAGUUACAUUUCCCUGAGCGUAUGA